GACAAGCCCCGAUACACUCGGGUUACACCAUCCGAAGGCGGAGAUAUCUAAGACGUAGCCUGCACAUUCAAUUCACUACUUCCAAAGCCAAAAACAUGUCUUCUGAACCGCUUUAUCCCGCUUAUCUUCCUACCCGCUCUGAUGGCUACAACGCACCUGUAGCUGUACCCCUCUUCGAAGCUGCAGAACCAGGUCUUCGGGCUGAUCCCGCCAAAGCGAAUUUGCUAAAGGGCGCUACGACGGCUAAUAUUACCCCACGUAUUGGCACCGAAGUCCGGGGUGUGCAGAUUAGUGGGCUAGGGAGGGAGGGUCUUGAUGAGUUGGCUUUGUUGGCUGCUGAACGUGGUGUUGUUGUUUUUAGGGAUCAGGAUUUUGCGGAUAUUGGGUUUGAUAGACAGCGGGAGAUUGUUAAGCAUUAUGGACCGCUUCACCAGCAUCCUACCAUGGGAUAUCCGAAGGGCACAGGGCCAGAGUUCCAUGUUGUCUAUGCCGAUGAGAAGACCGGCAACUUGAGAAAGCUUCUAGGUCCCCGGACGACAUAUGAUCUCUGGCAUAUUGACCAAACCUUCACCCCGAACGUACCCUCGACCACGUUCUUCUGGGUGCUCGAGAUCCCCGAAUCAGGCGGUGGCGACACUGCAUUCACCUCCCUUACCGCAGCCUACGAAGCUCUCUCGCCUGCGUUCAGAGAGACUCUUCAUGGUCUCCAGCUUCAUCACACAUCGGCUUCAGAAGGUGAAGUACGACGAGUCGGUCAAGAACGUGCUCUAGCAGAAGCUAUCAACGCGACGCACCCUCUUGUCAUCAAACACCCCGUCACUGGCCAACCAUCACUAUUUGUGAACCCCACGAUUGCUCGCCAGGUGGAAGGCUUUCUACCAGAAGAGUCAGAUCACGUGUUGUCGUUUUUGAAGAAUCACAUCAGAAGUAUGGACUUUAGCUGUAGGAUCAAGUGGGAGAAGGGUACGGUUGUGGUUUGGGAUCAGAGGGGAACUGCUCAUUCAGCUGUGCCGGAUUUCCAGGAUAAUGAGAGGAGGCACAUGGUUAGGAUUAUUCCUUAUGGGUCUCAGCCGGAACCUGCUUUCAGGUGAUAUAGACUAGAAACUCCAAUAGAGAGAUGAGUAAGGGCUGUGUGCUUCGGAAUUGAAUGGAAAAGACAGUUCAAUUUUAAAUCUUCAACUAGUGUACAUAGGUAUCUACCGACUGGUAUCAUCGCGCUAUCGCAUCAAAC